AUGGGCGCAUUCAACAGCGCCGGAGACUGGUACUGGUGGCUGCUGCUGCCCGUUUACAAGUGGUUUGUGCUGCAGCUGGCCGUGUGGGCCCUCCGAGGGGUGACGCGGGUGAUUCUAGCCAACAACCCACUGAGUGGUGCCGUCAUGCUGCUUGCACUCUACUGGGCCUCCCCCUGGCAAGGCCUGGUGGGAACGGUGGGCCUGCUGACCUCCACGCUCAUCGCGGUCAUCUUGGGACAAGACAGUGCAGAAGUGCGGGGAGGACUCCAUGGCUUCAAUGGAAUGUUGGUUUCCCUGCUAAUGGGCGCAUUCAACAGCGCCGGAGAUUGGUACUGGUGGUUGCUGCUGCCCGUUUGUUUGGGCUCGGCCACAAGUGUUUUCUUCUUCAGUGGUCUCUCGCAAGUACUGGACCGCUGGGACUUGCCAGUUGCGGUCUUCCCCUUUAACAUGGUCAUCGUCCUCUACUUCCUAUGCACCGGCCGAGAUAACCCCUACUUCCCGCACCGUCUCGCCGUACCGCCGAGCACCGUGCCGCUCAACGCCACGGCGCUCAGUGCAACCGAGGUGUUACAAGGUAUCCCCCUCGGAGUGGGUCAGAUCUUCGCCUGUGGCUCCCUGGGUCCCUCACUGCUCAUCCUGGCCGGACUCUGCCUUUACUCCCCACUGCAGGCCAUCCAUGCGCUGCUGGGGUCUGCAAUUGGAACACUGGCUGGGUUGUCCGUGGCAGUGCGCCACGAGUGCCUCUGUACGGGUCUGUCCGGCUUUAAUGGCGCUCUGGGGUGCAUGGCUGUGGGAGGACUUUUCUUCACAUUCAACUGGAGGACCCACCUGUUGGCCAUCUCUAGCGCGUUCCUCUCUGCUUUCGUCGACAUCGCUUUGAGCAAUCUGCUGGGAGCUAUGGGCAUGCCGGCGUGCAGUUGGGCAGCCACACUGAGCGUUACGCUGCUGCUGCUUCUGACGGGCACUUUGUCGACGUACCGAAUCCCUCUGGCUCGGGUCAAGGCCCCCGAGCGGAACAUGCGCUCCCGCGGCCGCUGGGAAGCUGGCAACACUGAGGAAAGAGACAGCACCGACGUGUAGCUCCAGACAUUCCCACCAUGAAUCCGGUCCAGAGGAUCAACCGCAGUUACGCGGAUGAAGACAACUCACAAGUGACAACUGAAGGCAACUUUUAUUAUUACCGUGCACAAGUGAAGGAAUAACUGCAUGUUCUUUUCUCACAAUGUUGCCCUUGUGGGUGAUUUUCAAAAUCUUUCACAGCAUGAUUCCCCUUAAACCAGAGGUGUCAAACUCAAGGCCCGGGGGCCUGAUCUGGCCCACCGCAUCAUUUUAUGUGGCCCACGGAAGCAAAUCAAACAUGUCAACUUUCAUGAUGCUCGCUAAAAUCUGUACCGAAAUUUCAAAUUCGUCAUAAAUAAAAGGGAUAUUGUAAGCAUUUUCUUUUUACCAAACCCCUCAUCACAGUAAGUUACACAAUCGCUCAAUAAACCGUUAUUCUUGACUUAUUUAUUCAGUUUCUGUCAUAACGUUCCUCCAAGGGAAACGGUAACUGCAAUGUGGCUCGUGAAGAAAAUGAGUUUGACACCCCUGCCUUAAGCGCAUUGCUCAUUUGUAAUUGCUUCGAAGACUGCCGUAUGCGAAGGAGCUUUUCUGCCACAGUGCUUUCGAUUUGAUGUCGGGAAUCGACAUGCUUUCAGAUGCGAGACUCGAUUCCUUUCUCACAGACGGCGGUGACGGGUUUGGUCAUAAGAAACAUACAAAAGUGCUUUUCAGUCUGUAAUCGAUUGAUUGGUCGAGAGUGAAUUGUAGAAAAAAAACAACAAAAACCAC